UCGAUGGAUCCGGAGCUGGCCCGGAGCCUCUUCUUCGAGGGCGCCACGGUGGUGGCUCUGGACGUGCCCGUGGGCACCGAGUUCGGCAUCGACUGCAGCUCGUGGCAGGUGGGCCCUCGCUUCCGCGGCGUCAAGAUGAUCCCUCCGGGCGUCCAUCUGGUGCACUACAGCGCAGCGGGCCGCAGCCCCAUCGGCACCCGCGAGACAGGCCCGCGCACGGGCUUCUUCGUGACCCUGCAGCCGCGGGGGCUACGCCUGCUCCGCUGGGAUGCAGCCCGCGAGGAGCUGGACCUCAGCCCGCCGCCCGAAGAGCAGCUGGAGGCCGCCCGGGCCAACCUGCAGGAGCUGGAUCGCUUUCUGGGGCCCUAUCCCUACGACCGGCUGAAGAAGUGGGUGUCCCUGAGUAACUGCCUCAGCGAGGAAACAGUGCAGCGAUUGCAGCCCGAGAAUGGGCAGAUCUGCGCUUUCUCCGAGGUGCUGCCGGUCCUGCCCCUAAGACAUACCAAGGACCGAGCAGAACAGGGUCCGCCGCCCUGUGCCACAGAGUGCAAGAGCUAUCAGGAGGGCCUGGCCCGUCUGCCCCAGAUGAAGCAGAAAGCCGGCACCGAGAUCCGGUUCACCAAGUUACCCAAACAGACCUACCCCGACGGUGCGAGCCCAGCUGAGAUCACCAAGCAUAGCAUGGACCUGAGCUAUGCCCUAGAGACUGUGAUUAACAGUCAGUACUCCACCAAUCCCCAGGAUGUCCUGGCUGAACUGCAGUUUGCCUUUAUCUGCUUCCUGAUUGGGCAUGUUUAUGAUGCAUUUGAACAUUGGAAGCAGCUCCUGAACCUCCUCUGCAGGGCAGAAGAAGCCAUUGGGAAGUACAGCGACCUCUACAGCCGCCUUAUUUCCAUCUUGUACCACGAACUCAAUGAGAUUCCUGCUGACUUCUUUGUAGACAUCAUCUCUCAAGAUAAUUUCUUAACCAGCACCUUGCAGGUUUUCUUUUCCUACAUCUGCAGCACCACUGUUGAUGAGACACUGAGACGGAAAGCAGAGAAAUUCAAGGCCCAUCUGACUAAGAAAUUCAAAUGGGACUUUGAGGCUGAGCCAGAUGACUGUGCCCCAGUGGUGGUGGAGCUUCCAGAAGGUGUUAACUUGGAAGUGACAGGCUAGCUCCCAGACUCUUCUUCCCAAGAGGCCAAUCAUCUUGAAUUUGGAGCUCCUUUCUGCCUGGUGUCCUUUUCAACUGUAAGGGAGAUCCAGAGCUCCAUUUAAUGGGUUUGGAAUAGGGUGUCCAUGUCUAAUAACCCCGGGCCCCUGUGGCUUCCUCUGUGGGCUCAUUCCUACUUCCUACCAUAGUCUGGUAUUUCACCAAAACUGACUUCCUCAAAGAAGCUGCCGUAGUGACAACUUAAUUCUUCCUAAGGAAUGGAGAGAUUGAACUGGGAAGAAGGAAGGGAGAAACCACCAAGUUUUCCUUGGGGAGCAGUCUGCCUUGAGAUACUUUAAAAAAAAAAUCAGAUACUACAAACUCUACAUUUGUUAGUAUUUGAUUUUAUUUUUUCCUAGAUGUCCUUUAAAGCCAGGGAUAGUAGUGACAGGUGAGAAGAUUACUGUGCCUGUUAAAUUUUAAUAAUGUUGUUUGAUAUUCAGAAGCAAGAUGUCUCUGAAGGAAAAACUCAGUUGUAUAUAAGGAAGACAAUUCCACAGUGUCUGAGGACUAGAGUAGUUUUCAAUCUCUACUUUAAUUACAUUCCUCUAGUUCUGGGUUCAGAUUAUUUAAUCCCACUGUGCCUGGUACAGUUACUAUGGGAAGCCAUACCCAGAGGGUGGAAGUGGAGCAGCCACUGGCAUUGACAGAUGUAGCCCCUGGGCAUACCCUUUUCUGAUCCUUCUAAAAUAGGAAUCCUGACCACAUGAACUGAUAAACUUUUCUGGAACUAUCUAGUAAAGGAAGAUUUCUCCUUAUGGUUUUUGGUGUUGCUAUAAUUCAACAGCAAGAAGAAAGCAAACCUUCCUUCCCCCUCUUACCUUCCCCUAGAGUUGUUUCCAUAUGUUAUGGAAGCUUUGUGGCCCAUGUUGGGACCUCUGAAUAGUUUACAAUUUUGCCUAAAUUCCCUAGGUUUUAAUGACCUUUCCCUUUCCCUCUUCCCCUCCAUUUCUUCCCUCUAACUGUCAGUCUUUCUGAUUAAUUGAAGCAUCCACAUAAAAUGGAGCUCAAAGGUUAUGCCAAUAAUCUGUAGGCAAAAUGUUGUACUUAAAGGGAGAUUGCUCUGAACUGCUUACCUUGUCAUGUUGUACAACAGAGCAAGCCCCCGCUGCCACUUUCUUUACCACAUUCUGGUGCUUCGGCUUUUAACUGAGAAUCCUGACUGGGUAGGAUUUUUGGUCCCACUUGUUUCCUUGGGGAGAUUCCUUUAUAUGAAGGUUGGAUGUAUUAAAUCUUUUCCUUGAGAAUAAAA